AGAGAUGUUGCGACGGAAGCCAUCUAAUGCAUCAGAAAAGGACCCUAACCAUAAAAAGAAGCUGCAGCGUUCCAGUAGCUUCAAGGAUUUUGGAAAGUCGAAGCCAAGUUCACCUGUCGUGAGUGAAAAGGAAUUUAAUCUGGAAAAUGAUAUUCCUGAAGAUGAAGCUGGAGUAACGGCAGAUGAGAAUAAACAAAGCUCAGGCAAGCUCAGUAAGAAAUGGAGAGCUGUCAUUUCCCGCACAAUGAACAGGAAAAUGGGAAAGGAGGUUAUGAAAGCAAUGGCUCAUGAAAUAGGAGAACCAACAGGUCCAAGCUCUCCAAUAUCAACUGAUGGAAGCAUUGAUGGAAUGCAUAGGAAAUCAUCCGAUCCUGAGGAAAAUCUACACUCACCCGUUAGCCGACAAACCUCUAGUGGCAGUGAGGUGUUCAGUCCUUCAUUUAUGAUCAACAACCGAGACAGCAUUAACCUGGAAAACCUCCCUCCUCCAUAUAAUGGGCCAUUCUGUGGAAAAGCUAAAGUUCAUACAGACUUCAUACCAAGUCCAUAUGAUGGGGAUUCUCUCAAACUCAAAAAAGGAGACAUCAUUGAUAUCAUUGAAAAGCCACCUGUUGGUACCUGGACAGGCAUGCUAAGAAACAAGAUAGGAAGUUUUAAAUUCAUCUAUGUUGACCUUGUGCCGGAAGAAACUGAAACCCCCAAAAAGACAAAGACUAGGACUAAAGUAAGGAGCAAACGACAGAAGCCUAAGACUGUACAGGAGCUGCUGGAACGCAUUAACAUGCAGGAACAUAUUCCAACCCUCCUAUUGAAUGGAUAUGAGACAAUAGAGGAUUUCAAGGACCUGAGUGAAAAUCACCUGAUUGAGUUAAAUAUCACAGAUCCUCAGCACAGGGUCAAGCUUCUCACAGCUGCUGAAUUCCUGCUGGAUUAUGACACUGGCAGUGAAACUGAAGGCAUGACAGACACAAGUUCUAUGGAGCACAGUAUUCACAUUCCCCGUGACUCUGGCUGCUAUGAAGGCUCAGAGAAUCUAGAGAACAGCCGGGAUGAUAAUGAGAUAAUCAGCAUAGAUGAAGACAUUAAAAACCUUUGCUUGGUUGAAUCCACUGAGGUGAAACAUGCAGUGACUGAACAGUCUAUAGCUGGAGAUACAACCUGUACGGAAGGCUGACGAUCUGUAGAUCCUGCUCUGUUGGUACUAUCAUCUCUUUGGAUCAAGCCAAAUUGCUUGGGAUGCUGUUAUUCAUUAACUAAUAAGCGAAGAACAUAAGGCUGGUGCUUUUCUGGUGAUAAAACUUUCACUUUGUGUCUUGGAGAAAUGCACCAUUACCACCAUUUACAAAGAAAGUCUAAGUUUUAUAGGGCUUUCCAUUAUAUGCCCUAGUUAUCAAGGCACAACAAUUUUCUGGAGCUAUUGCCUUAUCUGUAUUACAUCUGGGUUGAUAAGUGGAAUACUUUCAUUGGAUUAACAACCAAUUCUCUGCCAUGCUCCUGCUCUAUUUUUAUAAAUUUAUCUUGUUAUUGUGCAGACUUUGGUCGCUUAGUUUUCACAUACUUUUUUUGUUUAAUAUUUAUAUAACCUUAACUGCACCCACAACUGUGCAGUUUUCUUCAGGUAAAAUGGGUGUCUGGUCUGUAAAGCUUACACUGGUGUGAGAAGCUGAAAUAUUAAGUAACUUGUUUCUAUUGAGCAGCCAAAGGGAGCAUCAAUAGGAACUGGAGGACUCAUCAUUUAACCUGCAGCUAAUUACAGACACUAUUUAAAAUAAAUAAAUAAAAAGAUUGCAUUG